GGCGCUGACGCGGCGGCGGCCGGUCGGUCCCAGCAGCCCCAGCGCUGCCCGCAGUGACGGGCGGACAAAGGGGCGCCGCGCCAGCCCGCACCAGCGGCCCCGGGCGGAAUUGCCAAAAUGCUUUGGAAUUCUUAAACGAUUCAAAAGCUGAAGUCUCUGAGGAUACAAAAGCAUAAGAACACAAGAAGCAGCAAGGAGGAUUCAGUGCCAAUGCAGCAACAAAAAAGACAGCCAGAGUUAGUGGAAGGAAAUCUUCCUGUUUUUGUUUUUCCUACAGAACUUAUAUUUUAUGCAGAUGACCAGUCAACACACAAGCAGGUGUUGACUCUAUAUAACCCCUAUGAGUUUGCCUUAAAAUUCAAAGUUCUUUGUACAACUCCAAAUAAAUAUGCGGUGGUGGAUGCUACUGGUGCAGUGAAGCCUCAGUGCUGUGUUGAUAUUGUGAUUCGUCACAGAGACGUUCGGGCUUCUUACUAUGGUGUCAUAGAUAAAUUCCGUCUCCAAGUGUCUGAGCAGAGCCAGAGGAAAGCAUUAGGGAAAAAGGAGAUUAUUGCUACUCUGCUUCCAUCUGCAAAGGAACAACAACAACAAAAGGAAGAGGAGGAAAAACGAAUAAAAGAACACCUGGCUGAAAGUGUCUUUUUUGAGCAGACUUUGUGUCAACCAGAAAACAGAACUGCCUCGUCGGGACCUAGUUUACUCACAGUCUUCCUUGGAGUGGUGUGUGUCGCAGCACUAAUGCUACCUACAUUGGGGGAAAUGGAAUCCCUGGUGCCUCUCUACCUCCACUUAAGUGUGAAUCAAAAGUUAGUAGCUGCUUAUGUUUUAGAUUUGAAGAACAGUCACACUAAGUUUUCCUCACCCACUACCUGGCAGAAAUGAGGAUUUAAAGGAAAAGAGCUAGGCAGCUCCAAAGAGAUAGCUAGAGGUGAGGUAGUGAUGGGGAAAGGUGCAAGUUUGUGAUGGUUCAUGCACACUCUGCUGACUCACACAGGUCCAUCUGCUGAAGUGGUUUGAAAUCUCACUUGUGGCUCUUUGCCCAAGCUGAUGCUGAUGGAUUCUCAGAUCAGGACCUUGCAGUAAUCCUCACUUCAUUUUUAUCUCUGCUUUUGAAAAUUACUCCAGGUUCUGCUGGUGUCAGUUACAGUUUUAAGCCUUUUGACUUUAUACAUUUGCAAGAACUGAACCUGUUUCUAGAUUCCCUAUGAAGUUUUGAGAGGUUUUGACUUCUUUGCUGGCAGUGCUUUUAGUGUUCAUGGACAGAUUCUUUUGUGUGUGACUCUUGCUCAUGUAGAAAGUCAAUUGCUCUUGAGAAGUUUAAACCACUUUGUUCCACAAGGAAGUACAACUGGACUGUGGAGCAUUUAAUUGGAAAGGGUGGUUAUACCACACCAACAGGACUAUAUGAUAUUUAAGAAGUAUUUGAUUUACAGAAAUUAGUUAAACCCUUUAUUGUCUGCAAGUCCCUACACAAGUGGUGCUGUAGGGAUGUUCUCCAGAAGCCUCUGCUGUUCCUCUGCCAUGGUGGAAUUGAUCCAAGCUAAGGAUCCAGCAGCUGUGGGAGCACUGAUUGUCUGAACCAAUACUGACCUUAAUAAAUAGCUGAGCUGUAGCUUCUCUUUAAGGGAUAAAUUACUGAUCUAAUGGAAGGCAGUGUUGCAGCUCUGUUCUGUUGUGCUUCUGCCUUUACCAUCUUCAUAAAGUAGCCAAGUUCCAUCAGUGUGGAGUGGAAGGAGAUAAAAUAGUCUCAGAAACAUCUUUAUCCAUGGUGAGAUCUGUAGGCUUUAGCUGAGCUUUCUGCAGUGAAAGGCUGUUACAGUGACAUCAUCUGAGCCUGCCAGAAAGUGAGAUUGUUCAAGAACUGAUUGUUAUUUUGAUGUUACAUAAGGCUGGAAUUCAGGGAGCCCCUAUGUUCUUCAUCUGCCUCACCUUGUGCCAUAUAACCCAUGGCUAAGAGCUGCAGAUUUGCACUUUUUCCUGUAUCAGCAUAUAAUUAAAAGAAACUUUUCAGUGUGUCAUGAGUAGGUUUAUUAGCCCCUAUUUCCUGUUUUCAUCUGGUUUUGUUUUUAACCUCUAUCAGAACAUUCCUGUUUUCCCUCCCUCUUUAAAGGUCACAACAAAGAAUCUGUUGAAAGCUCCCUCUGCAAACUGACAAGGGAGCUUAACAUCUUUGUCUAAAACUGGUCUUUGAUCAGUUAUUAUUCACAGAGCAGAAAAAAGCCUUGGAGCCUUCAACUGAUCUGCCUUACUGAUGAUUCAGCAUUUGAAUGGCACUGCCCAUAACUGGCCCCCAUGAGGAAUGAGGUUUGGGUACUAGUGUUGCACUUACCCAAGUCAAAAGUUCCACGUUAAGAUUUUCCAAUAGAGAGAUCAGUAAUUGUUUGGAGUAUUUCUAUCUCUUUGACAUUUAGUUAUUAGAUGCACCACACAUCAGCGUUGAUUUUUGAGUUUGUCAAAAUGUGGAGUGAUACUUGUAAUAUCUAAGUGUGUAUAUAAAUGCAUUCUGCAUGUGUUUAUCUACUUCUACCAUAUUUUCUGGCCUGUGACAGGGUAAACUCUUAAUUUUAAAUGUUUUAUUUCAAGUUAAAUAAAAGUGUUUAGUUCUUAA